AUGGAGCAUAUAAGAAAUAAAUUCAAAUUUGAAGAAUUUAAGAGUUUAUACUCCAUGUUUUAUUUUGGAGCCAAAUAAUAUCAUUUAGAGUUUAUUUAGUCACUCAAAAAAUUAAGAACUUCAUAGAAUAAUAAUCACUUUGAUCUUUCAUUUUUUAUAAAGCCUUUUGGAGAUUUUGAAAGAAACCAUAAGAUUAUUGAUUUUAUAGAAGGAACUGCCACAAAAAUGACUUUCGCUGAUGUAAUACUGGGAAAUAAAGAGUAUUUGGUGACAAUACUCUAAUAAAUCCUCACUAGUCUUGAAUAUAACAAUAGUAUGCAUAGGGAUUUAUAAAACAAUGUAUUCUCCGAGUAAAGCAAAUUAAAAUUCUUUAAAAUUGUUGACUUUGAGUAUGCUACCUCUUAAAGUGUUAACAAACAAUUAGGUUAAUUGUACAUUUGA